AUGGGGUCCAGCGGAUAUGAUGAGGAACUAAGGCACAAAGCUGAAUCACCUACAGCCUGGUACUUACAGGGUGGGGCAGGAGGAGACUGGAUCAGCUGCUCUUACUGUAUUCACUUACCUGUCUCUGCUGCUAAUCCUGUCUGCAUUUGUGAGGCCUUCUCUAGUGUGAUGACCACCUGGAGGGUACACAAUGAAGAAAAAACAGAAAAGUGUAAGGAUUCUCAGGUUUUAAGCACAGGAGCUUUCCUCGGGAUGUCAUUACUGGAAGUGCAGACCAGUGAGUCAGGUGUCUGGGAAGACAGUUCUUCGGUCCUGUUUGAUAAUCAGUUGCUAAUAAACUCUAGAGAUAAUACUUCAGCAACAACAGACUUUAUCCUUAUCUGCUUCCCGGAGAUCAGCAGCUGGCGUGUCUCUGGGAUCCUCAUGUUUUUACUUACCAUUGCUGUGGUGUCUAAUGUAACACUUCUAAUAGUCAUCUAUGCAGAUCCAAGACUCCACCAUCCCAUGUAUUACUUUCUUGCUAUGCUUUCUGUGGCAGACAUCCUUCUAUGCACUGUGGCAACACCCAAGGUCUUGGCUAUUUUCUGGUCAAAUGAUUUAACUAUCUCCCCAGCAGCAUGCUUCCUGCAGAUGUUUUUCACACACCUGUGGUCAUCUAUGGAGUCAUCCAUAUUUCUGGUCAUGGCAUAUGACCGCUAUGUGGCUAUUUGUCACCCAUUGCACUACCCAUCCAUUGUCACCAAUCACCAGGUGGGUAAAGCGAGCAUGUUCAUUGUGUUUAGAAACCUUGUUCUCUCACUCCCUCUACCUCUGCUUGCUGCCAGUCUAGAUUACUGCUCCAGAAGAGAGAUCCCUCACUGCUUCUGUGAGAACAUGUCUGUGGAGAAGCUAUCAUGCAGUGACUAUUCUGCCAGCAGCAUCUACAGCCUUGUGGUAUUCUUUGUGGUUGGAGGCGCCGAUCUGAUGUUUAUCAUAUUUUCCUACUCUGUUAUUCUACAUACAGUGGUGAUAUCACGGUCCUGUGCUGCUGCCUUUAAAGCAUUUAGGACUUGCAGCUCCCACCUUAUCCUUAUCUGCUUCUUUUACAUCACUAUAGCCAUUACCAUGUUGUCUAACCGGGCCCUAAAGGAGUUGCCUCGGCACAUCCACGUUAUCCUGGCUCUGCUGCAUCACUUGCUGCCUCCAGCACUAAACCCUCUUGUGUAUGGUAUCAUGACAAAGGAGAUCAAACACGCCAUAUGGAGACUUUUGGAGAAAAUUAAAGUUCAUCCACAAGCUGUGGCAUAG